CUCAUGGCUGCAGUACACGAAUGAUUAAAAUUUUAUCGGUUGAAAAAUUAAUCUAAGCAGAAAACUAGCAUUAAGGAAGGUGAUCAAUGUUUAAAAUACAAACACAAGAAUACGAUAUUGAAUUUAAAGAAUCAUGGUCAUGAGAUACAAUUACGUAUAAUGGACCCCCGGUACUGUGCGCAAGACAUCCUCCUCUGUGACCUAUGUCAAGCAGCUGCAUUACAGAGUCAAUGUGAACAUUGUCAUGUAAAUCUCUGUAUAGUCUGCGUUGAAAAACACCUCUCUGAUCAUUCAAUAAGACACAGUAUUGUACCGUACAAACACAGAUAUUUUAAAUAAAAGUACCCAUGCAAGAUGCUUAAUCCACAUCAAAAAACAUUGUAAACUUUACUGCGAGAGUUGUGAUAUUCCAGUUUGUGCUUCCUGCAUCUCAUCUGGAAAACACAACGGGCAUGAUUUAUCAGAUGCUCAGGAAAAAUUAAGUUCUAAAACCAAGGAUAUAGAAACAGAUUUGAAAGAACUACAGGAAAGAAUCUAUCCUGCAUAUGAAAAAAUUGCAUCAGAUUUAAACUCCGAAAAAGAAGACUUGGAGACAAUUAUGAGAAACUGACAACAGCAGUAACCAAGCAAGGUGAAGACUUGCAAAAGGAAAUUAUCCUUAUUGUCAACAAACGAAAAUCAGAGAUUGGUGAGAUGAAGGCAAAACAUUUGGCUGUUCUAAAGAAAGAAGAAGAUGAAUUAAAAAAAAUUACUCUUGAUGUUCAACAGAGUAUUUGUGAUCUGAAGACAAUGCUGGAUUCUAAUAAUGUCUCCUUCAUAUCUGCACACAAAUCUAGAAAUGCCGAAUUUAAAAAGUUAUCGUCUAAAGUCAGUAUUUCAUUACCAACUUUUUCUCCUAAGAUGAUCAUUUCAGAGAAUAUUAGUGAAAUGUUUGGUUCUCUAUCGGCAUUGUCAACAACAGAAGAGCAUCAUAACAAAGUGGUUCUGGAUGAACCAAAACUCAUUACUGCUAUACAGACUGGGUAUGAUGAACUAUUUAGUGUAACUUGCUAUGGUGAAGACGAAAUCUGGACGCGUGGGAGAAACCGAAUUAUGAAACUCUAUAACCUCCAGGGUAUCCUAUUGAAGUCAGUCCAAACCAAAUCAGGCUUCAUACCACAUGACAUGUCAGUGACAAGUGCAGGAGAUCUAGUGUAUGCUGAUCAAGAUGAAAGAACUGUAAACAUAGUGGAGAAUAAAAUGAUACAUGAAACGAUCAGAUUAAAGGGAUGGCUUCCUACCAACAUCUUUAGUACCUCAUGUGGUGACCUUUUAGUUGCCAUGUAUGAUGAGAGUCUAGAGUUGUCCGUUACUCUGGUUCCAUAGAAAAACAAAUCAUUCAGUUUGAUAGUGUAGGCCAGCCUCUCUAUUCAUCUUGUCACUACAGUAAAAACAUCUGUGAGAAUAAAAACUUGGAUAUCUGUGUUGCUGACAAUGCCGCAAGUGCAGUAGUGGUGGUUAACAAGGCGGGAGAACUCCGAUUUAAAUAUACUGGUCAUAGCUCUACUUCCAAAGGAUCGUUUUAUCCAUACGGCAUCGUAACAGACAGCAAGAGUCAGAUCCUGACAUCAGACUAUAACAACAACUGUAUCCACAUCCUACAUCGGGACGGAAAGUUCCUCCGUUACAUUGAUAACUGUGAUAUUCAUCGUCCACGGGGUUUAUGUGUAGAUACGCGUGACAACCUCUUUGUGGCUGAGUGGACCCAGGGUUUGGUGAAGAAAAUCAAAUAUUUGUAAUAAUUGAACAACUACAUAUAUAACAUUUUUGAAGACGUUUUCCCAUUAUAUCACAAAUAUAUUAUUUUUAUCCAUAUGCCCUGAAAAACUUCUGAAUCAUGCCGGAUACAGUUAUGUUCCACAUGAAACAGUUACGUGCCCUCCCAAACACAGUUUUGUUUCAUUCUGCAUAUUAAAUGCGUCGGGUUCGAAAUUCACAGAGGCAGUUGCUAAAAUAACGUAAACAGUUCCGCAAAAAUUAAAAAAAGUCAAGACUACUUCUGCGAUUUGUUCAUUUGAGGAAUUUGAUUACUUAAUUGAGGAGAAAAAAUCCUAAAAUUUGUAACAAAUUUUACCAACAACAGUGUCAGCAUACUGAAAUUAUUUUUCCAUGAACGUGAUGAAACAGGACGGAAAAGAACUAUAUGCUAUAUUUUUCAGAAAGAGGACAAAAUUGAUAACAUUUCAUCAAUUUUAGCUUUUAAAUUUAUAGAGCACAAGUUUGUUCAGGAAGAAUAUUGACAAAUUUCAUUGAUAUUAUCAUUCUACACAUUAUAUCAAAAUAUUGAUCCUGAACAUACAUGCGCUCGAUGACUUUUACUCAAAAUAUCGACAAACAAUGUACAUUUUUCUGUAAAAUUCGAAAAAAAACUUAAUUUUUACGUCAUGUUUUGACGUCAUUACGUACAUAUGGCGUCAUUACUUAUGAAAAUAUUCAGUGCUUUGAAGUCAGCAUAUACUCCCCUGUUUAAGAACUUAAUUAAAUAUAUCUCCAUCAAAGUUUGAUUUGGUGGAGAAAAUAUUGGUUAUUACCGAAUAAAGUUCUUUCUGAAUAAUACUCAACAUACAUGUAAUGAUAUAUGCAUUAGUGUUCAAUAAAUAUGUUCCAUGUCGGAUUGUCGGUUGACCGAUUUGGGUUCAAUGUUUUAAAAAAAUAUAAACCAAUUAUUACAUGGCUUUAUUCUCGGGCAGCAAUACCAGAAUGUUUGCCCAUCGGUGACACUAUUUAAGCCUUCGGCAUCGGGCGACACAACACUCCAUGGCUUUCAUAUCACCUUGGGGCAAAUAUUCUGGUAUGUUGCCCUCGACACAAUGUAAUAUAUGUAUUAUACUUUACGCAUGCAAUGAAUUACAUCUAAUUUUACCCCCCAGAUUUCAUUUGAAAACUUUUUUAGAGAAAACUGUAGCUUUACUAAUAUUUUUCCUCAAAUGAAUUUGUACACUAAACAAUACCGAAAUAAUUCCUUACUCAUGAAUUUGCAAUUUCACAAACAUUUACAUUACGUAGCGAUUUUACUCCAUAGUAAAUGUAUUCUUUAAAAAAAAAACAUUUAAAACUAUGGUUGAAUAAAAAAAAUAUUCAGCAGAAAACACCGAACAGAUCGUUGAAAUUCUUAAGAGGUACUUCUUUCGACAUAGUUUUACUUUUUCAAGAACGUGUACUAGGGUUCGUGGACAAACUAAAAUUUUAAAACAAAUGGAAUUAUUGAUAUAUUAUUAGCAUAUUUAUAAUCCUUUACUAGAUGUGAAUAAAAAAAUGUGAACUUAUAUUCAAUUUCAAGUACAAAAGUAAAAUUAUGUCUUCAAUAAUAAAUAUGGGAUGGUGUCCCGGAGCACAGCAAAAAAAAAUAAAAAUAAAUAAAUAGUUGUUUAUUAAUCUAUAAUUUUUUUUUGCAUUUUGUAACAUUCCGCGGAUAUUAAGAUUGUUUUUUUUAUAUUGUGAAAUUGACAAAGGAUAAAACGACAAAGCUGCAAACUUUUUAAUAUCCGGUUUAUAGAAAUGACUGAGAAAUUGAGUUUAAAAUCUAUUGAGACACGAUCGACAUUGUUCGAAAAAGUGACGCUUUUUGAAAAGGUGGACCAGUGAACAGUGAUAAAAUUUUGAGUUUAGAUCGGUACAAACACCAACAGAGACCCAUAACUGCUUUCAAUAGGCGGGAACAUAUAAUAAAAGAAACAGCUGACUCUAGAAUUGAAGUGGAAUAUUUAAUUUUUGAACGGAAGGAACAGUUAACAAGAUGACAUGCGUGAAGGAAUACCAUCAAUUCGACAUUACAGUGCUGUAAAAAUGUAUUUCGUAGCAUGACUUUUUCAUAUUUCCUUAAAUAAAGUCUUUUUUCGCGGACAAAAUUUUAAUGAUUUGCAGGAUCUGAAACAGGAAGUAUUAAAUGUUAUUUUACAUACAAAAUCCGAACAGUUUGUACACAAUUUUGAAGACUGUUUUAACGACAUAAGAAAUGCAUUGGGUUAAACGGUGAUUGUGUUGAGAAACGUUACAUGCAUUGUUACGCUUUUGACGUUUAGUAACAUCAAGGAUUUUCGUUAAGUACUCCGGGUAUGGUUCUUGAAAAGAAAAUAUUUAAAGUUUGUUCCUAUUUGUUUUUAAUAUUAAAUUAUUUGCUUAAUAUAUAGAUUUUGAUUAAGA